AUGUUGAUUAAGGCGAUCGUUCUCUUGGCAAUCAUUAAUUUCUCAUCAACAAAUCCGGUCAGUUCUUAUUAAUGUAAAAUUAGAGGCCGAAGAAACUAAUUACAGGUGUUUUCGGUUUAUGAGAGAGUUAGCUUAAAUCCGUCAAUUGAAAUGAGAGAUAAUAAGCUAGGUAAUGCAUAUCAAAACUGAACUGAUUCAUUUUCAUUUCUCAGAAUUGAUAAAAAGAUCCAUCGCGCGGUUAAACCAGAUCGCAGGUUUCGAUACCCUCGGUGAAAUGGGCCUUGGUAAACGGAGUUCGGGAGACAGCGAACAGGCUGGCGAGAAAAGAUCUGCUCUGAAUACAUUCGAUUCUUUAGGAGGUCAGUGAACAAUAAUACACAGUAGUAACUUUCUUCAUAGGGAUGGGUCUUGGAAAGCGAUCAAGCGUAGUCUCGUAUCAGGAUUCGUUGAGUUCAUUCGAUACGCUGGCUGGAAUGGGAUUUGGACGGAAAUGA